UAGCAUGCGUUGAUGCGCAAGUCAAGCCUUUGGUGUUGCAACUUUGUUUAGCUCUUCUUUAAAACCACAAGGUGCGAGCAGAUGCAGAAUCGCAUGAAUAAGCAUGAGAAAUCGUCCGUGGAUUCAUCUCAGCAUAGCAGUUUUUCUGCAGAUUGUUUUACAAGCAGAACUUUCACCAGCCCCCCAAAAUGACAUCGGCACUGCCGACUACGGCCCGCCUCACGACUUCGGGACCCCCGAAACAACAGGCUAUCGCCCACCUCCUCCGCCUCAGUUCAUGGUUUCACAAGAUAUGGUCAACGAAUCACUACCACCUCCCCCUCCAGACAUGAGACCUCCAGACGAUCCAUCAACGGAUUCAACGAUGGGCCCUCCGCCGGACGCUAUGAUGGCACAAUCCAUGGGACCUCCGAUCAAUGUCAUGCCAGGUCAAUCAAUGGGAGCUCCGUUUGCUGCCACGAUGGGUCAAUCAAUGGGACCACCGCGGGGCCCGCCAAGAGGUCCACCUGGAGGUCCGCCUCCAGGAGGUUUUCGCCCUGGGCGUGGCCCUCCACCCCCGCCCGGUAUGCAAUUUACUGGAGGUUUCCAGGACUCCUCUGAGUUCUCAGGGGAAGAGGCGAACGGGGGUUUUCCGGGACCUCCACCACCGAUGGACUUUCAAGGAGGCCAGUUUCGUGGUGGGUUUCCCGGAGACCAACCCAACGGCCAAAUACCUCAUGGACCUGGUGGGAAAAUGUUCAUGGGCCCCCCAGGACCCGGACCCGGUCCUUUUGGGGGCAACAGAAUGGGGUCCGCUUUUCGCGGUAGAAACCGAUACAGGCCAAUGGGUCCCCCACCGAUCACAGAUCGUCCCGGGGGGCGUAGAUUUGGGGGUGGUGGAAGAGGAAGGUUUCGGGGCUUUUGAAGUUAGUUGGCCAGAAUAAAUAUAGAAUAUUUUUCUGAAAAUUGAUUUUGAGUUAUGAACUGCCUCCUGUCAUAAGUUUUGAAGUAUCUGCUGAGUUCUUGUCAAUCAUCACUGGAGACCACUAGAGUUUGGCAGAGAAGCCCUCCGACAAGAAUUUCUUACUGUCAGUAAUAGAAAUUUGAAUAUUUCCUGUUCUCUAAAUACUUCACUUCAAGAUUAUACUUGCUUAAACAAUCACCUUA